AUGACCGUUUCGAAAACCAGGCUUCUCAAGGUUGCAGAAGUUUCUGCCAAAAUAUUUGACCAGAACUUCAAUCCUAACGGCAUCAGAACGGGUUCUAAAAUAAUAUCACAAAGGCUGAAGGGUUCGACUAUAGCUGGUUAUUAUGGAGAUCCCGAUUUUCUGAAGUUCAAACAUUUGAAAGCACUGUACCCUGGAUUCCAGUUUUGCGAUUUAGAUGAAGAGUAUAGAUUAACAAUGAUUGAGGCAAGAAAACGUCGUGGUAAGGGUGCACCAAAGAAACUUAAAGAAGCAGGCGGUUCGGGAACCAAGAGUAAAAAAAGGAAGUAG